AUGAUGGGUAAAUUUCGGCCCUCUCGUCUUUCUUAUGACGAAAGUGACUCGGAGAGCGACUCCCUCGAGACGAAUCCACCGAGUACUCCUCGUUGCAGAGAACUGCCACUUCCUCAAUCAUCUUUAACCCAGCCGAAGAAGGUUUCAAUUGAGGAGUGGCGGAACAGUGUGAUAGAAGGGGGCGACGAGAUACGGGAAGUUGAAGUCCAGGAUGCGCAAGAGUGGGAGGAACCCUCCAGUUUUUAAUUGCUCUCUUUAUAGCUCGAGCACCUAUAUAUACCUGUGUGUAUAGUAUUGAGAU